AUGGCACACCUGAGGAAACGCUUGACGAAUGCUGGGGUGGACCUCAACAGCCCAAAAUUAAAUGAAUCAUUCGUUCUUAUUGGUACCCCUUUACCUUCCCUUGACAAAGUAAAGGAUAAGAACGAGUUUGUUCCUCUCUGGAAGCAAGAAGUUCGAGAUGAACAAGGAAGGCGAAGACUGCAUGGCGCGUUCACAGGUGGCUUUUCAGCUGGUUAUUUCAACACUGUAGGGUCAAAGGAGG